UUCCGAUUGGUUAACAUUCUGUUUUCCUGUCGUUUUGCGCCUCGGUUUGUCGCCCUUUACGACCAGCGUACGCGUGCUGAUCUCGACGCCGCCGUAUCUGCGGAGGAGCAGUUUUGGGAGGACGUUCCUGCUGCAUUUUUGGAUUGCACACCCGAGGAGGAGUUCGAUAAUUUGAUUGCAGCCCACCCUGCAUUGGACCCCACCUGUAUCAACCCUGCAAGCAUCGUCCAGCACUCGAUUAAGCAACUCCGUCAGAUUUGGGGAUCGUCACACGGAGCUUACCGCCAAGCUCACAUCCGCUUUACCAGGACUGGCACAAACGACAAGGACUUCUACAAGUACUGCAACGGGCGUUUGGAUGCACUUUACAUUCAUAUGCACCUGCAGAUCAAGCGU